AUUACAUCAUCUGAGACAAACCAGGUAAACAUGUUAGUUCCUGUUGAGUUGUCAGUGAGAAGAGACGCACCGACACACAGACGCUGCUCUCAGAGACAAAAUGGCUUCCAUGUCAGAGGAGGAUUUCUGCUGUUCGGUCUGUCAUGAAGUCUUUAGAGAUCCUGUUCUUCUGUCAUGUAGCCACAGCUUCUGUAAAGACUGUCUGAAGAGCUGGUGGAGAGAGAAACAGGCACAGGAGUGUCCAGUUUGUAGGAAAAGAUCAAAAAGGACAGAACCAUCUCGUAACCUGGAGUUAAAGAAGCUGUGUGAGAGUUUCUUACAGCAGAGAGAUCAGAGAGCUUCAGAGGGUCUCUGCAGUCUGCACUCUGAGAAACUCAAACUCUUCUGUCUGGACCAUCAGCAGCCAGUGUGUCUCGUCUGCAGAGAUUCAGAAAAACACACCGACCACAUAAUCAGACCCAUCGAUGAAGCUGCACGACAACACAAGAAGAAACUUCAGGAAACUCUGGAGCCCUUAAAGAAGAAGUUAAAGGUUUUUGAACAAGUUAAAGAGAAGUUUGAUCAAACAGCAAAACACCUGAAGGUCCAGGCCCGAGGCACAGAGACACAGAUUAAGGAUCAGUUUACGAAGCUUCACCAGUUUCUAGAAGAGGAAGAGAAGGCCAGGAUGGCUGAACUGAGGGAGGAAGAGGAGCAGAAGAGUCAGAGGAUGAAGGAGAAGAUGAAGGCUCUGGGCAGAGAGAUAGCAGCUCUUUCAGACACAGUCAGAGCCACAGAGGAGCAGCUGAGAGCUGAAGACGUCUCAUUCCUGAUCAACUACAAGGCUGCAGUGGAAAGAGUCCAGCAGAGCCCCCUGCUGGAGGAUCCACAGCUGCUCUCAGGAGCUCUGAUAGACGAGGCCAAACACCUGGGCAACCUGAGCUUCAACAUCUGGAACAAGAUGAAGGACCUGGUCUCCUACACUCCUCUGAUUCUGGACCCAAACACUGCUGAUCCAGAACUCAUCCUGUCUGAAGAUCUGACCAGUGUGAGACGAGGAGGAGAGAAACAGCAGUUUCCUGAUAACCCAGAGAGGUUUAAAGGUAAAUACCCCACUGUCCUGGGCUCUGAGGGCUUUAACUCAGGGACUCACAGCUGGGAUGUCGAGGUUGGAGACAGUACAGGCUGGCUACUGGGUGUGUUAGCAGAGUCUGUCCAGAGGAAGGAACUCAAACGGUCUGGAUUAUGGGCAAUAAGGUUCUCUGGAGGUAAAUACUCUGCAUGGUCAACAUCACCUCCAGACACUGUUCUCCCAUUUGAGAAGCAGCUCCAGAGGAUCAGAGUGACUCUGGACUGGAACAGAGGAAAGCUGUCGUUCUCUGAUCUUGAUACUAACACACACAUACACACCUUCACACACACUUUCACUGAGAAGAUGUUUCCAUACAUUCUCACUAUGGGUAAUAUGAAGAUAUCACCACUGAAGGUCUGUGUAACAAAACAACAGGUCUGAUAGAGUGUGUAGUUUUAGUGUGGUGAUAAUAAUAAUAAACAACUAUUCACUUCUUAAUUAAAUGUUAAUAUGUUCCAUCUUUUUAUGUAGAAAUAAUAUCUGAACUGAAAUAUAUGAUUAUAUAUGUAAAUAUGAAUGUUUAGAUGAAACAGUAUUAUUGUUGUUCUGAUCUGUCAAAGGCAUAAUAGUUUUUCUUGCAACAUUUUUGGCGCCUUUUAAAAAAACUAUUGACACUUUUUUUGUCGUUUUUUGAAAUCUUUGUCUCUUUUAAUGAGUUUUAUUCCCAACAAUUUUUCAGAUGUUUUUAUCGCGUUUUCAAAAUCCAUGCAGAUAUGCCCCCCCCCAGAUAGUUGGAGAAUCUCAACCCUCCCCCCAAUAUUGAACCCAAAGUUACCCCUUUGUGUUCUGUCUCCAUUUACAUUGUUGUGAUUGUUUUAGUGUUUAAUGUCUGUGUGUAGUUUUGAUAUAAGUCAUUAUUUUUGAGAUACUGUGCAGGUUUUGACAUCAGCAACGGCCUGAUGGCCCAGGGCAGUAAGACUUUAUGUCGGGCAAGUUGACUGUUCAGCCAAUCAAAGUGAGGAGUCAGUUCCUUAUAAUUUUAUGCUAACGUUGGGUGCAAUACUAUCUUUUCUUUUUAACUCUGUAACAGUAGAACUGAAUGUAUUUGUCUUUUGAAAUCAAUAAAUGUCUGUGGUGUGAAAUAAAA